GAGAAAGUGAGAACCUAGAAAGUAGUAGAGUUUAAUAAGACCGUUUACUCGCGAGCUAGAAAGAGAAGAUCAAUAAUGGCGUCGCCGUCGAGAGGAGGGAUUACUCAGGUCGCGGCACGAUCGGAGAUGGAGAAGAUGAGCCUGGAGCAACUGAAAGCACUCAAAGAGCAGGUUGAUCUGGAAGUGAAUCUCCUCCAAGACAGCCUCAACAACAUUCGCACCGCCAUCAAUCGCCUCGACAUCGCCUCCUCCGCCCUCAACGAUCUCUCGCUUCGCCCUAAAGGGAAGAAAAUGCUUGUGCCUCUCACUGCCUCGCUCUAUGUACCGGGAACGCUUGACGAGGAGGAGAAAGUCCUGGUUGAUAUUGGCACUGGUUACUUCGUUGAGAAAACCAUGGCCGAGGGCAAGGAUUAUUGUUCGCGUAAGAUCCUCUUGCUUAAGUCUAAUUUUGACCAACUUCUUGAGCUUGCAUCAAAAAAGAAGAGUGUUGCCGAUGAAGCUGGUGCAAUCUUGCAGGCCAAAUUGAAGCAGUUAGCCCCAACAACAUAGGAUUUCCUGGAUCUCUUUUAAAGCUCAUCAAAUAUCUUUUUUCAUCAGAGUGUAAAUGGCCAAACUUUUGCCGGUGAUAUUAGUUUUCUCCCUCGUUCGGUUUCUUAUUCUAUCCUUUCUGUCAAGGGUGGGAGGAAAUAUGAUUUUCCCCAAUGAUUAGACAUUAACUGAAGAAUUUAGAUAGGUUAGUAUUUGGCAUGCUGUUCCAUCACAGAAGUUGCCAAGGGUGUGCUUGCAUUUCUGGUGUUAAUUCAGUUAUAUAUAUUUCCUUGGGGAGGUUUGUCACCUCUAAUUUUUAUGAAAUGUAUUUGCAGCAAUGUUUUGUUU